CAAUCACCCUUACAACUUAGAACCUAGCAAGCUAUCGCCCUGGCCUUGCCUUCGUUUCUAAUUUCCUCUUUUCCCGUCUCAUCACUCUAAUAUUAUUCUAAUCACCCUAAACUAAUCACUAAUCCAUCCCUCCCUCCCUCUCUCCCGGACGAUUCAGAGAAAACACCACACUUUUUUUUCUUGGAACCGAAACGACAAGCACGACAAGCACGAUUACGCUCGAGUUGCGAUACGAUAUUUGGCGAGGAAGGGAGUUCGAGGGGGAAUAAAAUCAAAAAAAAACUACAUCAUAGAAACCGAAAUCACAACCGUCUUACACCUUUGCAUUCAAGCUCGAAUCGAGUGCCUCGAGCCUUUUAAUCGAACGCGAGUCAGCACUGUUUCAACCCAACCGACAAUAGGAAUGAAAAGUUAACAUCAACUCGGCUGUUGUCAUACCUCGUAGCUUCUCUUAUGAGUUUUGAUUGAAGUUACAAACUGAAUUCGCCAACAACACAUCAAGAAGCUUGUGAAUGGUUGCGCGUCCACAGAUAAACCGGUUUCAAUUACCAAGCUAGUCAAAGAAAGAAAACUUUGCCAGCGCAAAUUGUGGCUUUCGACAACUCAUCUGCAUUCUCUCUUACAACCAAACAUCUCUGCGCGAUCACCUCGCGCUGUACCGUGAAAUGGGUUCGACAAAUUUUGGUAAUUUCGACGCGUUUUGUCGCGAUUCAACGCUACCGGUCUGCAAUGUUCUUUCAGAUACUCAUGAUCAAAGAGGGGGCUGGGGUGGUUGCAACCUCCAAGGUAUCCCACUGUCUGGCGACCGUUAUUUGGGAAAUCUAGGGUCCAUACUGCUCUGCGGUAUUGCCAUUGUUACAUCAGUGCUAUUGUUGUUGCGCUCAGAAAGGAAGAAAGCUGCAGUUGGCCGGAGGGAAAUGCAAUUGUUCCUCAUCGGCUUUAUUAUUAUUGAAAUAUGCGAAAUAUUUACCGUGGGGGAGUUUCCUUUAAAUGCAACAGUUCGAAUUGCCUUCACGGGAAUUCAUAUCGGAAUGAUCAUUACAACUACGUGGAUCCUACUCCUCAACGCUGUUGUGGGAUACCAGAUCCUCGACGAUGGAACUCCGCUAUCCCUAGGACUCAUGGCCAUCUCUGGAGCUAUUUUGUUCGUCGGUACCGGUUACAUCACCCUGGACACAGGCUACCAUUGGACCACGAAAUUCAUUCCAGAUCCCAAUGACCAUUACCGAAACAUCGCACUCUACGUUCUUUACCAGCUUGCGCCGCUCGUUUUUCUCGUUGCCUUCUAUGUUUUAGAAACCAUACUAGUGCUAAGGGUUCUUGGUGAGGUGCGACCUAUGCUCUAUCUCACGGGCGCUGGUGUUCUAUUCGCAAUUGGGCAGGUUUUCAACUACGUCAUCAGCCCAUAUAUCUGCAAUGGAACUGCUGGCAAAAUCGAUGGAGCGUUGUUUGAGACGUUAUUCACACUGCUUGCAGUUGUGAUGAUAUGGGUAUUCUGGUCAAGCAUCACGGAAGAUGAUUGGCCAAUUGCCAGCCAGCCCACGGGCUAUCCUUAAUUCUCGACCUUCAUUUGAAUAUUCCCGGAGUUGGCGUUCAGGUUCGACAAUAUACCCGUUCAUGUUCUUUUCUUUUCAUUCCUUGGCUGUGUCCUAUCGAUUAAAAAAACCACG